AUGCUCCUUCACUUGCCAAUGCUCCUAAAGGAGCUAUUCCUACUAGCCCUGUUCUCCCAGGUUCUCUGUCUUGAUCUACGAGCCCUCACCCAGCUUAAUGAUACCCUGGGCGGUCGCCUUGCAUCAGCAAGACCAACAGGUGCCCCGUGCUUCUCAGAGGAUAGCAAGGAAGAGUGUGCCUUGUUGGGACGACAGAUCAUGUCGCCGGACUAUCGGCACAACACGUACCAGAGCUUUGAAAACAUCCAAGGGGAAGCCUGCAUUGCCAAUCCGUCGGAUCAGUGCCUCCUCGACCCCACCACUCUUCAGGCGCCUACAGACUCCUCCUCGGCCUCUUCUUGUGGGCAAGGGGUUGUUUCCCGAUAUUUCAUCCAAGUCACCGGGGCGGAAGAUGUCCAAGCCGUGUUUAGGUACUCUCGAAAGACGGGGCACGCCCUGUCCAUCAAGAACAGCGGGCACGACUACAUGAUGCGCAGCAGCCGGCAGGGAUCACUGGCCAUGUGGACCGGCAAGCUGCGCAACAUGACAUAUCACGAGUCGUUCAGCCCAGAUGGAUGCGACUCGGGCGCCGGUAUUGCUCCUGCUGCAGCCAUAACGUUGGGAGCUGGUGUCAGCAUGGGUGAAGCCAUGGCUUUUUCCCAUGAUCACGGCGUCCUUUUCCCGGCAGCCAUCUCCCCUAGUAUCGGUGCCUCGGGAGGUUGGCUGCUCAACGGCGGCCACAGUCCAAUGUCGGUCGGCAUGGGCCUCGCCGUGGACCGGGCGGCGCAGUUCACCAUUGUGACACCCGAUGGCAAACUCCGCACCGUUAACCGAUGCCGGGACAAGGAGCUCUUCUGGGCACUUCGAGGCGGUGGAGGCGGAGCCUUUGGCGUCGUUCUGGGAUCAACGCACUUCACCAAGCCAGAGGUCCCCGUUGUAGCCGCGCUGUUCAACAUCGCCAACGCGACAGCGGAGACUCGGAGGGGCUGGGUCGAGCUCCUGGCAGACCACAUGCUGGACUGGACACUUGAGGGCUGGGGAGGGCCCUCGACAACAAGCAUGUCCGUCUUGGUCAACCCGUAUCUGAAUGUCUCCGAGGCGGAGCGCAUGCUGGAGCCUGCCGCGGAGUACAUGCAGCAACGAGGCGGCGCCGCCAGCUUCCAAACCUAUCCCUCAUGGUUUGAUUUUUGGACCCAAGUUGUGACUGGGAUGUUUUCAGCUCCCCCGACGGUCAGCCUUGGCGUAAAUAUCGCCAGCAAGAUCCUCCCCAAAGAAGCCUUCACCGACCAUGAGAAAAAAGGUCGGAUGGUCGAUGCCAUCAUGAAUAUCGAGGCCUCGGGGAUGCAGGUUGCCUUUUUGGCUACAACUCCGAUCCUGUACGGGCAAAAGAACCCCGGUGCAAGCAAAGACACCUCUAUUAAUCCAGCCUGGUACCGGUCGGUCUGGCACUUGUCAGGAUAUUCCGCCUGGAACUACAAGACUACGCUGGAUGAGAGGAAGGAGACUGUGCUAGCUCUCCAGAAUACGACCGAGGUGCUGGACGCGAUAUCAGACGGAGGUUGUACGUAUAGCAACGAGGCUGACCCCUCGCGGAAGGACUGGGCGAGCGAAUACUGGGGAGAUAAUUAUCCAAAGCUUUUACAAGUCAAACACAAGGUCGAUCCACACAACCUGCUGAGCUGCUGGCACUGCGUGGGCUGGGAGCCUUCCUUGCCUUCCUAUGGAUGCAUCUCUGGGCUCUAUGAGCAGUAG